AUGAGUAUUCCGGAAAUAACCUUCGAUCUCUUCAAACGAGCAGUUCUUCCGGUCGUCGAGGAGUUUUCCGUUGAGGAAGCACACCAAAAACUUCGAGAACGAUGCAUCUUGAUCGAUGAGGGCUGGAAAGGAAUAAAUUUUGGUGUGGGUGAACAGGAGCAGGAGCAGGAGCAAGAGGUCGAGGAGUUGAAGGUAAAAAUGGAGAUAGAGGUGGUGGAAGUUGAGGUAGAGAAGAAGGAGAAGAAGGAGUCGCUUUUCUAUGCGCCUCUUUUCGUGGGCCUGAACAGUAUCAUGGGGGCUGAUUCUGCCGUCAAAUUUUCAGAUAACCUUGGCAAAUCUCUGCUUUCAGAAGGCGAUCAUUCACACUAUAAAGCGGACAUCAACGGCCUUCUAACCAAAACCACAGCAGUUCAUCCUAUUACUGAAGGAGCAGAAUACGAGUGCGAUGUUUUGAUGACGGGGGAACUGAACAAGAAGUCUACGCCGGACACUGUCGAUGAUAAUAACAAGAAAGUUUUAUCCAAUGCGACACAUAUUAUGGGUGCUGAUCCCACACGUCGAUUUAUGUUUGGCUUAACGAUCGAUAAAUUCAAUGUUCGACUAUGGUUCUUCUCCCGGUCGCAUGUAUUCGUUACAGAGGCGAUGGAUCUGCAUAUCGAUGCCAAAAACCUAAUCUACUUUGCUUUGUCCCUCAGCGGAGCCUGUCGGGAGGAGCUAGGAUAUGACCCUACAGUCAGGAGAGUACAGGGAAAGGACGGAACCGGUUCACGCUAUAUCUUCACCAUCGACGGCAAGCAAUACAUUACCACGGAAGUUAUCACUGUUCGAAAGGCAAAAUUUCUGCUCGGAUGCGCCAGUCGUUUAUUCAAAGUUCGGCAGGUUCUCAGUGACAAAGGAGACCUUGAUAGCGAGGUCAAGGUGAUCAAAGACUAUUGGUUACCUGAGGACUCUUGUACGGAACUAGAAACUCGUUCAGCCAUCGAAACUAAUAUCCAGAAGGUUAACGCCGUCCCAAACCUAGACCGAAGCGCUUUCAAUAGAUACUUUGUCAAGAUUGAAGCCUGCGAGAAAGUUCAGGUACCCUUUGCAACUGAGAAGGGACAGAUUCCUGACUCCACCUCGAAUUUUCUUCGGGGACAAACUUUUCCUUCCGACGUCAAGCGUUUCACAGUUUCAACACAGUCCUCUAAUUACCAACGAGUAAUGAGUGUGAGCAUUCCAGACUCAAUCAUGAUGGAAUCUGGACCGGGACGUGAACGACGUCAGGAAACUGUCCUCCGUGAAGCUACCGCUGUUCACCUUGCGAGACUCGAUCGUAGGAUCUACGCACCCAAAGUCCAUUGUCGACAACUAUCGGAGUUUGCGGGUGAACCGCUGGAUCAGAUGACGAACUGGGAUAUUGUUUUGAAGGCAUUAGAAUCGCUAAUUAUCGCUCUUUCGUAUAUGCAUUCUGCUGGCUUUGUUCAUCGCGACAUCAGCGCUGCAAAUGUGUUGGUAAAAGAUGGGAACGCCAAGCUUAAUGACUUGGAAUACGCGAAGCGUGUUCAGCCAGCAAUUGAACCUCGCUCUGCAUCAUCAGAUGUCAAAACAGGCACACCGUUCUUCAUGCCUGUCGAAGUGAUAAAAGGCGAAUACCUGUUUAGACCUAAAAAACAUGUGCGCAAGUCCCAGUCCGUGCCAUCGUUUCCAUUUCGGUAUCACUACAUACAUGAUCUUGAAUCGGCGUUGUGGGUUUUCGUCUACCUGCUCAUGACAAGAUGGCCAAUAUCAGGGCCUUCUCCAAGCAAAGAACAACAGAAAGCACGGGAUGAGGGUUUCUCUAAAAUUUUUAUUUUUGAAAGGCGCGAAGAGAUCUUAGACGGUGGGCAGACAAUGGUUGAUCUCGUUUCAGAGAGCAUGCCAGAACUUUUCGAUUCCGCUUGGGACUUUGCUUUAGAGCUUGCUGCAGUCGUGAAAGAAAAGUACUGUGCGCUGCAGGAGUCACUACCAAUCGAUUUCAAUAAUGCUUUUCAUCCUUCCCUGUACUCAGAUUGGCGGCGGGCAUUCAUUCGUUGUGCGACAGAGGGCUGGGCAGGGGUAGUCACUCAUCGCGGUCGCAGUAAACGAUCAACUGAGGACGAUCUGAAGAAGGAGACCAAGAAGUCGAAAGUUACUUAACUUUCCGCUGAUCUGUCUGUGAACUGCCAGGCCUUGUAUAAAACUCCCCUCCAGGAAUUGCCCCGAUCAACACGUCAAUGGAGAAUGGUGUUCUGACAAUUACUUUCUCAAAGACUAGUGCUGAACAGGCACCGAAGAAGAUCACAAUUUCCUGAAUGUAUGCAGGAUAUGUAUGACCAUAUACAUACAGAUUAUUGCGAAUUCGAAGGGGGCCUUGAACCGGUCUCAAUUCUGGCCUAAAAAAAUUGUACCUCCGAAGGCUGUUACUUGUAAUUUUAUUGUUUUAUAGCAUCAUUUUCCAUAUCAAAGAAAAAAAUCCUCAUCGUUGACAAUGUCGUACGUCGGCUUCUGCGUGUUGCACAUAGUUGCGCAUACGUCUUACAUUAUUCGACACCUUGGUGCCAGAAUGAAGUGGACGAUCUG